AGUGAAAGUAUGUCAAGCCUCCGUUUCUCUCAAAAGAAACAUGUUCAGAGGGUGGAACCUGAGAGGUGGAGCAACAGUGAAAGAGGAGAGCUGCAACGUCAUAUUUCCUAAUAAUACAAAUAAAAGUUUGAGUAACGGCAGAGCUGCACACAAGGCAAAUCUCUCGGUUUCUCUCAAAAGAAACAUUCAACUGAGUCCAGCAGCUUUUUCACAACAACAGCAGAGUCUCUGCAAACACUGUCUUCGUCCUCAGAGUGUCGAUAUGUCUGCUGCCAGCUGUCUGCUGACUGAAGAUCAGCUUCUGUGCUCCAUCUGUCUGGUCGUGUUCACUGAUCCAGUCACCAUACCAUGUGGACACAACUUCUGUAAAGCCUGCAUCACUGAUCACUGGGGUAUUAAUGUUCCCUAUCAGUGUCCCAACUGUAGAGAGCCUUUCAAAACGAAACCUGAGCUGAAGGUCAAUACUGUCAUCUCGGAGAUGGCUGCUAAGUUCAGACAGUCAACUCGUGACGUCUACUCAGGAGCCAAAGGAAGGACGUGGAUGUUCUUCCUGGUGUGUCUGAUUUGUGUCUUCAUGGCCCAGAUGGUUAUAGACCAAAAUAAACAUCUUGUUGGUCCUCUGAAAGAAGAAUAUGAAGCAAAGAAAGCUGAGCUGUGGAAGACAGGGGCUGAAAUUCUGCAGAUGAUACAGAAGAGACGACUGAAGAUUCAGGAGAUCAAACACUCAAUGGAGCUCAGUGAUGAAGAUGCUGACAGAGAGAUAUCAGAAGGUGUUCAGAUCUUCACUGCUCUGAAGGAGUCUGUUGAGAGAAGCCAAGCCGAGUUCCUCCAGACAAUCAAAGAGAAGCAGAGAACGACAGAGAAACCAGCUCAACGCUUCAUCAAAGAGCUUGAACAGGAAAUCUCUGAUCUGCAGAAGAUAAGCACUGAGGUGGAGCAGCUCUUACAGUCUGAAGACCACCUCCACCUACUCCAGAGCUUCAACUCCCUGAACGCUCUUCCACCCACCAAGGACUGGACAGUAGUCAACGUCCGUCCACCUUCAUAUGAGGGGAUUGUGUUGAGAGCUGUGACUCACCUAGAGGAGACGCUCAGUGAACACAUGAAGAAGCUGUUUCAUGUCGAGCUGAAGAGGGUCCAGCAGUCUGCAGUGGAUGUGACUCUUGAUCCUGACACAGCAAAUCUCAUCCUGUCUGAUGAUGGAAAACAAGUACAUGUGUAGUUCAUUUACAGUACUCUAAUCACUGAGAAGUAUAAUUGCUAAAAGUGUUUUAGGUUAGAAACAGCAGUGUGUAUCUGG